GCUUUUCAACAUCGUGUUAAAAAGGUAACCAGCCAUAAAGCUAAAUUGGCAAAUAAGCUAUAAAAGAAAAAAAAGCCAAACUUAAGGACAAAUAGAGGUGAAGACAAGAUUCAUGCUUAACCAAGCUAAGCCAGUUGUGUUAUAUAAUAGAAGAUAACGAAGAUGAUCACGUUGGAUCAAGUUGAUCUUCCAAACAAACGAGAAUUCAGAGGUAAAGAUUUCCCAGUAGCAUUCAGACUUGGAGGAAAUACCCAGAAUGUUGGCCAAACCUUGAAAUUUCUUGAGGAAAAAUCAGAAGAGGGAUUCUUCAAGAACCUUUUGCAAAAGCAUGGUGUGAUAGUUAUCAGAAACCCAAGCAAAACAGACCCUGAAACACUUUCUAAAUACCUUACAGCGAUUGGGAAGAAUUCAGGAGAUGAAAUUUUUGUUCAAAAUGGAUCCACCGCAAAACGAACAGAGGUGACAAACGUGCUCAGUACAGCCAAUGAAGGCCCAUCAGAUAGACUUAUUUAUCAACAUAAUGAGUUUUCCCGUUUUACCAAAUAUCCGAGCAAACUUUUUUUUGUUUGCGAAGCAUACAAUGCUAAAGGUGGAGAAACUCCGGUGGUACAUGGUGGAGAAUUCUUUGAUGAAAUUUACAGAAUUGCCCCUGACUUUCUCAAAGAGUUAUCUCGAAAAGGCUUGUAUAUGGAACAAAUUUGGCCCUUAAAGUCGGACAAUGAUACAAAUUGGUCUAACCAGUUUUGCUUCGGAAGAUAUAUUGACGCGAACAACAAUGAUUUUGAAUACCAGAAAGCAGAGGCAAUUAAGCUUGCAAAGAAAACUGCAAGUCCCCAUUGCGAAUUUACUGCUGAUCAUGAUUUACUUAUCCGUCAAUACACAGAGCCGAUAAGAAUGUAUAAAGCAGGAGACGGAGAAGAGUUUCCCUGUUUUUUCAACAGCAUAGCAACAUUUUUUGCCGAUGUUAAGUAUAAAAUUGGUGGCUAUAGCAAAACCAAGAGUAUUUGUUAUAAUGAUGGAAGUAAAAUCCCAGAAAAGUAUCUUGACCUAGUUUUAGAAAAAUCGAUCAACAUGGCUUAUAAACACCAGUGGGAAGAAGGCGAUAUAGUCAUAGUUGACAACUACAUGGUGAGUCAUGGAAGAUGCCCAUGGGAAGGAGAAAGGAAAGUGUUGGUAAGCAUGUGGGAUACCAUAAAUAAGCCUGACUACCUUCCUUGGGUUUCUCAAUGA